UUUCUCGGAUGAGAUAGCUAACUAAUGAUGUGGUUAGCAGCAGUUGCUAGCACUUCUUAUCCAGAGUAGUUUAGAUGCAAUGACCUGAGUGUUUUAAAGUCUCCAGAGGGGCUAUAUUGGCUUUCGGACGCAGGGAUAUAAACAUUUACGGAUUCUACGAUACAGAAAACUUUACUUUCAACGCGAGAUAAGGACUUGUACUGGAUAAGUAAUGUUAGUUAGCUAACUUAGUUUCUAUUUACGUUAUCCUAGCUAACAUUAGCUGGAAGGAGUGUUACACUGUAGUUAUCGGCUAGAUAAUGCUAAUUAACCAUCUCUAUGCUGGCUAGCGUGAAAUUACAGAUAUACCAGUAAACACGUAGCUUGAUCGUGAGAAUAACAUUCAAAUACAAUGUCAGUGACAGCUCUGUGUAAACUUUGAUGGAAAUUGCUUUGAACGCAACUUUCCUGGUCGAGCUUUUGGGGAGCUAGACAGUAACAUGCACAUCUGUGAUAACUAAGUCUUGCCAAAUGACUUACCUGCUGUCUACGCCAUAGAGUGCAAUAGACACAAUGCCUUGACAGGGAAUUUAAUUUGUAGCGAAUAACGAUUUCGAAUAAUCGAGUAGUUAGUUUAAAAGCUAUUCGCCAUGGCAAGUGCCUUAGCAGCGAAAAUGGGAUUUAACUCACUGAUGAGAAAACAAGCCAGGAACUUCAACGUCAGGAUCUGCACAAUGGAGUCCGACAUGGAGUUCAGCUGUGAGGUCAAGUGGAAAGGAAAAGACCUUUUUGACCUGGUGUGCCGAACUCUGGGACUGAGGGAGACAUGGUUUUUUGGGCUCCGGUACAACAUCAAGGACACGGCGGCUUGGCUAAAGAUGGAAAAGAGGGUUCUGGACCAGGAGGUACCAAAGGAGGAGCCAAUUACGCUUCAUUUCCUGGCCAAGUUUUACCCUGAAAAUGCUGAGGAGGAGCUAGUGCAAGAUAUCACACAACAUCUCUUCUUCCUACAGGUGAAGAAGAAGAUCCUUGAGGAGGAGAUUCACUGUCCACCCGAGGCCUCCGUGCUGCUGGCCUCCUACGCCGUCCACGCCAAGUACGGAGACUAUGACCCCAAUGUCCACAAACCUGGCUUCCUAGCUGAGGAGGAACUGCUGCCAAAGAGAGUGAUUAACUUGUACCAGAUGACUGCAGAAAUGUGGGAGGAGAGGAUCACAGCGUGUUAUGCGGAGCACAGGGGCAGGACGAGGGAUGAAGCUGAGAUGGAGUAUUUAAAAAUAGCUCAGGACCUGGACAUGUAUGGCGUCAAUUACUUUUUAAUCAGGAAUAAAAAGGGAACCGAUCUACUUCUGGGAGUGGACGCCCUGGGUCUGCACAUCUACGAGCCCGACAAUAGGCUGACACCCAAGUGCUCCUUCCCUUGGAAUGAGAUCCGCAACAUCUCCUAUAGCGACAAGGAGUUUACCAUCAAACCACUGGACAAGAAAACCAAUGUUUUCAAGUUCAACUCCUCACGGCUCAGAGUCAACAAGUUGAUCCUCCAGCUGUGUAUAGGGAACCAUGACCUGUUCAUGCGGCGGCGGCGUGUAGAUUCGCUUGAAGUGCAGCAGAUGAAGGCUCAGGCCAGAGAGGAGAGGGCCAGAAAACAGGUAGAGAGGCAGCGCCUGCAGAGGGAGAAGCAGCUGCGAGAGGAGGCAGAGAGAGCCAGGGACGAGCUGGAGAGGAGGUUGAUCCAGCUGCAGGAUGAGGCUCAUAUGGCCAACGAGGCACUGCUGCGUUCGGAGCAGACGGCGGACCUGCUGGCUGAAAAGGCCCAGAUCGCAGAGGAGGAGGCCAAGCUGCUGGCCCAGAAAGCUGCUGAGGCUGAGACGGAGAUGCAGCGCAUCAAAGUGACUGCCAUCCGUGGCCAGGAGGAGCGCCGGCUCAUGGAGCAGAAGAUGCUGGAGGCAGAGAUGCUGGCCCUCAAGAUGGCUGAGGAGUCGGAAAGGAGGGCUAAGGAAGCUGACCAGCUGAAACAGGACCUGCAGGAGGCCAAGGAGUCAGAGCGAAGGGCAAAGCACAAGCUGCUGGAGAUCACCAGCAGGGCUCUCUAUACGUCCCCUGGACUACCAUCUGACAGCAUGCCUCCUGACCUGAGCUUCAGCAGGGAAAACCUCAGCUUUGACUUUAAAGAUACUGACAUGAAACGCCUCUCCAUGGAGAUCGAGAAGGAGAAGGUAGAGUACAUGGAGAAGAGCAAGCACCUGCAGGAGCAGCUCAAUGAGCUGAAGACGGAGAUUGAAAGUCUAAAGAUGAAGGAGAGGGAGACUCCUCUAGACAUCAUUCACAACCAAAACACUGAGCAGGGGACCAGCAAGCACAGCAACUUCAAAAAGCUGACACUACAGAGCACCAAGUCCAGGGUGGCCUUCUUUGAGGAGCUCUAAGCAUCACACCUGUGAAGGUGGGGAUGCACAACUGCCAAGAAACCUCAUCAUUCUACAUUCCUGGUCAGUUCAAAUGAUUGGCCACACUACAAAGCCUUAUGCUUCGCUUCCUGGGAAUCCACCAUGAAAAACUACAGACAGAAAAAAAAUAGACUACUGCCUUGAUCUGCGUCGACUCCAGGGGCCUCGUGUUACGCACAAACAACGGCGCAUGUGUAACAUUCCUGCACUAAAUCUGGGAUUCAUGAAAAAUGUGUACGUGUUUACAAUAAGAGUGUGUCGACUACAGCACAUUCUCCUUGUGUGUUUUGACGCAAAUUUGGGUGUGGGUUAAGAAGAAGAGUUGGGCUUGGACUGCUCUGGUUCCACUCUGUUUUUUUUAUUUGUGGAGUUAAGAAUGGUUAUGAUAUCAUGUUUGGAUAGGGUGACCUACAUAAUGGGAUUGCCUAACUGUUACGCGCACACAUAGAAAAUAAGCCACUAAGGGAUAAAGUUGAACAGGAGAAUGAGGUGAUUACAUUGCUGAUAUGCUGCUCUUAUCCCGACCCAAAUACCUGAUAUUUAGUAGUUACACAGCAAGCUACUGUGUUGUCCUAGAAUGCCUUCUACUUAACGCUGAACAAUUUCUCCAUGUCACUUAAUGACUUCAUGCUGCCUUAGUUUUGUUGUUUCACUUAAAUAGUUACAAGAAAAAAUGACCACUCAAGCAGCAAAAACAGGGCAUUUCUUGGCUAUACUACAUUUAAACAGCCAUUUAUCGCUAAUAGUGUGAAUAGAUGGGCUGUGGUGGAUAUUAAGCUCAACACAACAUAAAAAUCUGAUCUCUUACAGUUACUUUGUAUUGUCUUUUUUUGUUUUGUUUUUGUUUUUUUAAUCUCUAUUUGUGCAUUUUUUUGAAACUUUUUUAUGGUGAAUGAAGUUGACGUGUUGAACUUGGGGCCUUAGUAUUUGUGUUUACAUCUGGUAUACACUAGAAGUCAUGUAACAGUCUGUAUCUCUGGCUGCCUUAGGCUGUUGAACCCUUUAGGCGUCUUUACACAAGACACCAAGUGCACUAUGCUCUGCUCUCAGAAGUGCAGCGAUGGCCAUUUGUACAAGGGGCUGCCUAGAAUUUGAACUGGAUGAAGGAAAUGUGAUUUUCAGAUGUGAGCUUGUGUCACAUCCAUCAUCUCUCUUUUUUUUGGUGAAGACAACCACUUUUUCGAAACAUGAAUUUGCAUCUAUUUUGAAUUAAUGUGUCUUUUUGAAUUAAUGUGCUCUUUCCCUCUGAAAGCAAUUUAUUUUUGGGAAUUAUAAUGUGAAGAAAAUAUAGUCAUUUUUCUUCCUUGUCUGCGUUUAACAUGGACAGUGAACAGUAUUUCAAGUGAAACUUUGGGUGAAGUUACAGUAUCUAUAUCACCAGAUAUACAUUGUCAUAGGAACGUUGCAACAUAUGUUAUUUUCAUGUAAAAUAAAUGAAUAUCACGUCAUA